ACGAUAUUAGAGCGCCGGUGGGUUUGUGGCUCCGUGCUAGGGUCGCAGUAUGAGGAGCAGGCGGCAGCGCGUCCCGAAGAGUCCCCGCGGCCGUGAUCUGUGCCACUCGGUCAGUGUGACGUGCAGUCAGUGUGAGCGAAGUGAAGGACGCGAGUAUAUUAGUCGACCCUGCGCUAACGCACGCGGCGCACCCCGAGCCCCGACAGUUUCCAGUCAGCCGCCGUAAGGAGUGCUCGUGUGCAAGAUGGCCGACACUAAGUUCACGCGCAAGGAGAUCGAGGAACGCAACCAUCGCGGAAACGCGGCCAUCAUCAUCGACAACGUGGUGUAUGAUGUGACCGAGUUUUUUGAUGACCACCCGGGCGGCGUGGACGUGCUGUUGGACAAUGCUGGCAAGGACGCGUCCAAAUGUUUUCAUGACGUGGGUCACAGUGACAUCGCGCUCGACUGGCGCCAGAAGUUUGUGAUAGGCGAAGUGGUGGACGAAGACCGGCGCGAGGUGCUGGAGCGGCCGGCGGCCGUGCUACAGCAGGCCGAGCCGCUGUCGCUGGCAGCGCUGGCGAGCGUGUGGGGCCCGCCGCUACUGCUGGCCCUGCUGGCAGCGCUCCUCUACUCUUACCUGUUCCCGUAGCCGCCUCUCAUCACGCGGAGGCGCUUCUUCUCUGCCCUGGCGUAAUUGUUUAAAUCUACCCUCUCUGAGGUUUUGUGAUAAUAAUUUGGGUAAAACGACUGUUAAAUAAUUUUUGAAAUGGUGUGGUCUUAGACUUAAGUAUAGGGGACCAAAAGUUAGUUUAGUGGUCGCGGAUAGAAAAAUCUUGCGUUUUGCCACACAUACUGCGAUGUAGUCUGCGCUGUUGACGACGGAUCAGGCGCUGGACAAAUGGACACCAGUGCAAUAUACCGUACUGAGGGGUUCUGUGUAAUUGUAGUAAUGAUCAUAGUUAAAUAAUGGUGCUGCUGUUGAGAUAUUGUUGAAUAAUGCGUAGAUGCGUGUAAACUUAAGUAAUGUUAAGCAUUAAAGGUCAAAUUAAUUCAUUUA